AUGGCCGCGGUCGCUCUUCGGCACGAUCACGGCGUGGGGCAGCUGUCCAGCCUGCGGGUGCGGCAGGCCGACGACAGCGCAGUCCCUCACGUCGCCGCACUGAAGCAGGACUGCUUCGAUCUCGGCCGGCACAACUUUUACGUUCCGGCAGUAGAUAUAGACUCGCUCAGUCGCUGCGUGCUCAAACUCCUGGAGAAGAGCUUCCACCUUCCGCACACGCUGGUGCUGUUCGUGCUGACGACGCUCGGCUCGUACGGCUACACGUUCACGGCCGACUUCACGCGCAUCGCGACCGACGCGACGCAUAGCUUCAGCGAGUCCGAGCUCCUGGUCGUGUUCCUGCCGGCCCUCGCCUUCCACGCCACGCACGGCAUCAACUUCUACGUCUUCCGGCGAUGCCUGGUCGAGAUCCUAAUCUUUGCCGUCGGCACCACCGUGAUCAACACCUACAUCAUGAUGGAGUACAACGUGGCCAUCAUGCGCAACAAGUUCGGCCGCCUCUGGUGCUUCAUCCUGGGCGCCCUGCAGACUUGCACCGAGCGCGUGUCCGUCGCCGACAGCCUGCUCAACAAAGGCAAGCACCCAAUGAUCGCCACCAUCCUGAACGUGGAGACCCUGGUGAGCGCCAUCCUGUCUUGGGACAUUCUGAGCAUCAUCAUCCGCCAGGCCCAGAGCCACAAGCGCAUCAGCGUGCUUCCCCUUCUGCUGGAGAUGAACGUGUCCAUGGUUCUCAGCGGCGCAUGCGGCCUGCUGUGCGCGUUCCUGGUGAAGGCGACGCUGCACCGCUGUCGCUUCCACCCGCAGUGCAUGGUCGUGUUCAUAGUGGCCUCUUCGUACGCCCUGUUCGCGCUGCUCAAGCUGUACGGUGGCUGCGGCAUCCUGGGCGUCAUCUUCUUCUGCGUCAUGGUCAGCACCGACACGAUCAUCACCUCCACGGGCCUUGAGGAUGAGCUGAAGAGGUACUGGGAGAUUCUCCACGAUAUCAGCGAGGUGAUAUCGCUGCUGUUGUGCGCCCUCUAUAUCGGCCACGAGAUCACGCCCAACGUGAACGCUUCCGACCUGCGCACCUCGUUUCUGACAUACCUGGUAGCCGUCGCGUCCCGUGCCGUGUCGGUGGUGUGCAUGCUGCCCUUCCUGUCGUCGGUACGCUCUUCUUCGCGGUUCGCCCAGGCGUUGAUCCUCAUCUGGAUGGGCAUGCGAGGCUCCUACCGAAUCUUCCUCGCAGUACACUACCUGCGACUGCUCAACGUCUCCAUCGGGGAGGCGACACGGGGAAUCGUCCACGUCGCCAGCGCCAUGAUAUUCGUAGACUUGAUCAACGUUAUGCUGUUCGAAAACAUCCUAACUCUCAUCGGGUACGUGAGCGACUCGGAGUUGGAGCGACUGACGUUGGCGAACGCAUUGCGUUACCUGCGCCACAUUUCACGCGUGGCCGCUCACGCUGAGCGCGCCGAGGCGAGGUUCGUGCCCGUGGACUGGCGCUGGGUAACCGGACGCACCUACGUCGCCGACCUGCGCAAACCGUCGGUCAAAGGAUCAGUCGCCGUGCAACUGGCCGCCAUGCGGGACGCCGAAGGAAUUGGGAUCGAGCGAAUACAUGAAAACUUGAGCACCGACCAGGAGGCCAUCAACAUGAAGGCUUACGAGUUCGCUAUCGAAAACGCUAUCCGCAUACAGAGAGUCAGCUACCAGAAGCAGUACCGGUCGGGAAUGAUUCAAAAGAAGACGGAGGCCCGCCUUCUCGCCGCGUUGCAGUACCCGUACGAGAGCAAAACGUAUCUCAACAUCGACAUGAUCCGGCAGCUGAUUGCAGUGCCUCCCUGGAUCAACUGGCUGAAGUCUGUGCUGAAGAGCGGUAGCGGCGGCGACGACUUCGGCUGCGAGGGCCUCGCCGACCGGAGCGAGGGGGGAGAGUACUCGUUCGAGGUGAGCCUCCGCGAGCGCGUCAUCGAGGUGUUCGAGCACCCCCGCUACGACCUGGUCCAGUGCUCGGUUACCCUCAGCGCGGCCGCCUGUCUCGGCGGAGUCCUGUUACUGCCCAUGUACGGACACCGCCUGGGACUAGUAGCCAUCGAACUGCAGGCCGCCUACCUGGCCGCAUUCGUCACGGAGAUGUCCGUCAUGGUGUUCGUUUACGGCCAGCGCUUCGUGCGCAUCGAGCAGUACAAUCUGCGGGACUUGCUGCUGGUCGUGCUGUGUAGCGGACUGUUCGGUCUCCAGCUGCUGCUAAAGAUUGUCGACCGAAGCCUGAGUGACGGCGUCGUAGGCUUGACGCUGGCGACGCUCUUUCUGUGCGCCAUGCUCGUGCGUCUCGUGCACUUGACGCAGUACGGGGAGGAGCUGUUAGAGUGGGCGAUCAGCCUGGUCCACCAGUACAUGGACUCGAUCAUCUACGCGGCCUACGAGACCGGCCUGGCUCUGAUCAAGGGCGAGGAGGACGUGCGAGAGAACAUCUGGAAGACGGUCGACGAGUUCAUGGCCGACCAGAUACGCUGUCACGCGGGGGAGAACCGCCUCGAGCUUCUUCGGCAAGUGGUGGAGGUACACAGCAAGUAUCCGGGCGUGGCUGUGGCCUUCAAGAGCCGACAGGCCUGCCAGAGCAUUCUGAACGACGUGCGACGACACAUCGAUGAACUCCUGCACAACGGCGCCAUGGACACCGCCGAACAUCGCAAGAUGAUCACGGUACUACUCACAUAA